CGCAGGCGGCAACCCCGCCACCAUCUUCCCUGUCCAAUCGUGAGACAACCCCGCCAUCCAUGUGAUCGCCCUGAACAGCUGCCACGAGCUUGAUUCCCAGUCAUCGACAUCAGGCGGAACUACGACAAACUACAUCAUUCUGAGAGCCGGCGGAGGACUAGGCUGUCUUCCUCACCCUUACCAAACAACAUCCUUCUCAUCAGCAAGAUAUACUAAAGACGACCGCAUUACCACAAAGCAACUAUACACUUAGAGACCAUCGAGACCUUCAACACACGACGUCACCGACUCGAGACACCGAAGCUUUCCCUCGCGGCACAACCCGACGUCAACGAUGAAUCUCCUUUACUCAACCGUCAACACGCUCCGCGACCGGUACACGCCGGUAUCGCACAAGUCCACCUUCCGCCAGACGGGCCAAAUCACCCCCGAAGAGUUCGUCGCCGCGGGCGACUACCUCGUCUACAAGUUCCCGACCUGGUCCUGGGGCGACGCCGACGCCGAUAGCCGCCGCGUCAGCUACCUGCCUCCCGGGAAGCAGUUCCUCGUCACGCGCAACGUCCCCUGCAACCGCCGACUCGACGAUGACUUCGCCGGCGACGCGGGCCACGAGGAGGCCGUCGUGGAGGGCGGCAAGAGCUCCGGGGCCGGCGACGAUGAUGAGGAUGGCUGGCUUCGCACCGGCGGGCUGGCGAGCUCGCAGCCGCUCAAGGUGAAGGAGGUGCGGACGGUGGACGACUCGGGAAAUGUGGGAGACCGGGAGGUUGUGGAGGAUGACGAUGAGAUUCCGGACAUGGAGGAUGAAGAUGACGACGAGGCCAUCAUCCGGGAUGCGGGAGACAACGGAAAGAACAGCGGUCGGCGGACAUACACCCUCUACAUCAUGUACUCAACGUACUACCGCACACCCCGCCUCUACCUCUCAGGCUACUCCCCCAACGGCCAGCCGCUGCCGCCGCACGCCAUGAUGGACGACAUCGUGGGCGACUACAAGGACAAGACGGUGACGCUCGAGGACUUCCCCUUCUUCGCCAACAACAUCAAGAUGGCGAGCGUGCACCCGUGCAAGCACGCGUCCGUGAUGAAGACGAUGCUCGACCGCGCCGACGGGGCGCUGCGUAUCCGGCGCGAGAAGCUGCGCGCGGGCAAGGCCGUCGGCGGGGACCAGGGGAUGGAGGGGCUCGUUGACGAGCUAGGGAAGCUAGAUGUCAAGGAUGCGCAGGCCGCUGCUGAUAAGGACGGCGAGUGGGAGGAGGUUGAGCAGAGCGAGGUUGACGAGCAGGAGGUCGCGAUUCGGGUGGAUCAGUAUCUGGUUGUUUUCCUCAAGUUCAUGGCCAGCGUCACGCCUGGUAUCGAGCACGAUUUCACAAUGGGAGUAUAGGUAGGCGAGGGGGGUUUUUUUUCUUUUCCUUUUUUUUUCUCAUGGGAAUGUUUUUGGGCAACGGGUGUGUUGGGCGACGAUGGGCUUCUUUCCUUAUGUCAUUGGAUUACGGGGGAAUUAGAUUAUGGAACUUGGUCAAACGGCGACUUUACGAGAAUUCAGUAGACUACAAAAUCGAGACGGUAUAAAAUCCGCAUUUUAUUCUU